AUGGAUAAUUUACAAUCAAUUCAAUCAAAGCUCACUCUCCAUUCGGCUGCUGCCCAAAUUCAAAAAGUGUUAAACCUUUCGAAAUCAACCAAGUCCAAUCCUCGCAAAGUGUCGGAUGCUGAAAUCGAUCUAUUGAAAACCCUGUGCAAGUCGGAUAACAUCCGAAUCUGCCAGCUGGCCAGCGAAGCCUUCCUUCAGCUCACAAUCGAGGGAUGUUUAGAGCUUGGUCAAGCUGUUGGAGCACUUAAUAUGAUUCUUCCGCACACGACUCCUUCACAGUUUCAGGCACUGAGUACGAUAAUUUUUGAAUUAUUGCUGCUCGAUCUACGGCGUCGUUGUAUUUCUACCGGAAGCGACCAGGAUUAUGUGUGCCAGUUUGAUUUGAAACCUCCACAGCAUCCGGUGAUAGCGUUCAUCAGCGACGGAAGCGUUGGUUGUAUGACAAGUAUAAUGGAUAUGCUGACCAAUGCGUUGGACAACCGAGAUGAUAUUAUACGAAUGAACAGUGUCGAAUUCCUGCGACCCGUAUUGCUGCACCUAUUCGUUAACGCUAGUCUUUUCCCGGAGUGCCAACAGCUGUGGAAACUUUUGGUUAUGAAAUCACUCACUGACCGGCGUGCUAAGUCGAUUCUGUUUGAAAUUCUUGCUUGGCGAAGAGAAACAACAACCCACCAAACGUGUUACACUAUGAGUCUUCUCAUGGAAACUUUAGAGCUGAUUCCUCGGAACGACGAGUGCUGCAUAGGUAUGAGUAUGGAGAUUGCUUACUUAAUGGCUGCUGUAGCCAAAGAUUACAUUGAAUACAACUACGACCCAACACGGUGUUUCAAUCUUUUAAAAUCCGUUUGCACCGAGGCAAUGCAGUGUGAUCCACAGCCUUCCAUGGACGUUAUGUUGGCGAUCGCCGCUGACAUUCUGUCCGUUGUUAGUCCAGCUAAGAUAGAGAGCCUAUUGGAGUUGAUCAGUAUCAUUCUACCAACGUGUGGACAAAAUAGUCGCAUGCUAGUUAAAGAAGCCGUAAUUCAGCUUCUCGGCCAGCCUUCAUAUACGACGAAACUUCUUUUACUUUGUGAUACAAUCCUUCAAACGAUUGAACAAGAAAAGUCAUUACCAGAGCACACAGGUGUGAAUUUUUCAAGCGCAUCCCGCACGGUUUAUUAUCACAGCGAACUAGCCAAAUGGACUACCGUUUGUCGCUGGUGGUUCUCUUCUCCCGAAGCGGUCGAAGAAUUUCUGAGUAAAGGCCAAAAGCAGAGUGUACGAUUGUCCACCAGCCUCAGUCAGUUCCAUCGGGGCAUUUAUCUUUCGUUGCAUCACAAGGAUGAAGUGUGGCGUUCAAACUUCCAAUCCUUGGUUACGGUCAUGCAGCAGAGUGAACUUCAGGCGGCUCAAUCCAUGAUACCGCUACUGUAUGGUUUGGCCAAACAGAAGGACACCCGGAGAAGGUUGCACGUGCUGCAGACCAUGGCAUCGAUGGGAGCAAAGGAAAGUGUAAUCGGUGUUCUGAAAGCCCUCACGAAAGAUCUGGAUCGUGCAAUCUGUAUGGAUUUGUAUCUUCGGCUAUGGAAGGCAGAGCCCCGUACCUAUCCUUUGCUGUACGAUUUGCUGAAGGAUAAUAGUCGGCGGCAGGGCGAAGAUCUGUGGGAGCAUACGAUCGCCCGGGCGUAUACUAUUCGCGAAGUGUGUCUUAUAAAACCCCAACAGCAUGGUGAAGAUUUGGUGAACUUGUUCUCGGAGGUCCUCAGCAAUCCGAACAAUCAGGAAAAUGAAGUCGCAAUUUGUCUUUCACUCGACGCCAUCACCAGCCUGUGUGAAAACCACGUCGUGAAUAUUGUUUCCACCUGGAAGGUGCUCGGUUUUCGCUUCGCCAACGAAAAGCGCCCGCGAAUUAUCAAAUGCUUGUGUCGGUUCUUUGCCAAUGUGCCAAGCAUCAAGGUGACCACGCUGGACCAGGAACGGCUGGUGAAUCACAUUAUUGGAACGCUCUGGAACUACGUGACCGACUAUGAUGAUGGAGAAAUUAAUGCUGCAGCCUUGCAGGCAUUGAAACUGUUCAAUCCACUAUCGUUCACCCUGCGUCAAAUUCCCGAACAGUUUCGACAGGGUAUUGAUCUGCCAGACACGGAUGACGACGGGGUUUCUGAGGCGGACAGUGCCGGAUCGGUGUCACCCGAUUGUUGGAUCCAAUUGAUACUGUACUGUAAUCACGGUGCCGUGGAAGCAGUUGGCGAACUUGUGGCCUACUACAUCGUACGGGAGAUGGAAAGCUUCCGCGGCGGGGUCUACCAAACACCCGAGGGUCGUCCGGAACCGUCGAAUCUGAAAUAUCUUCCGCGGGCGAGCAUUCUUUCUAGCAUCGUCAACUAUCUUGUAGCUCAGAGCGCCAAAUUCCCUAACGUCGAUGAGCGUGUGCUACUUGAAAUGCUUCGAAUAAUCGCUAAACCUUUCCCGAAGCCGAUUCCUCCAUUGAAUUGGUGCUUUUUACACGAGUAUUUUGCCCACUGCUUCGAAAUGCGUGACCUUUGCCUGCAGAUUGCUGUCAAGCAAAUGCCUUACUCCGGGACGGCCAAGCGGUUGGUUGAAAACUAUCUCAAGGAACUGACCGAAACGGUAAUGUUGGAGGACGAUUUGCUGAAAAUUUACACCGCUAUCGGGGAGAUCACCGAAGCCGUGCAGACGGAAAUCUACAAACCAUUUCUGCACCUUUCACUGCACUUUCUUGCCGAACGGGCGGAGGAUAAGCGGUUUAGUGACAACUCUCCAUUAAUGAAGGCAAUGCAGCUUAUUGGCAAAUCUAUUACGAGGAAGUACAACAAUGAAGACAACUUUUAUCAUCUUUGUGUGACGUUGGAAAGCUUUUUCCUGCGGUUCGAUAUUAAAUCAAAGUUAUUCAAAAAAUACAUUGAAAUGAUGGUAAACCUUCCGGUGGAAAAGUGCACCAGUCUCCUGAAACCAGCCACCUGGCCGGAUGGUGAAAACGAGGAAAAACUUCAAAAGGCGAUCUACCUACAGUUUGCCUUCCGGCGCUACAAUCCCAACGCAACCGAGCUACAUUUUUACGGCCUCGGUGAUAUUAUUACAAAGGUUGCCCAAAUGGCCACCAAGAGCACGCUGAGUACGUUCUUUUUAAGUGGUCUGUACGGGUUUGUGCAACUGUUUGCAGCCGACGGGGAGGACGACAAACCGUUGAUCAAUUUUAUCAGCGAACUGCUCGGACUCAUCCAAUGCAGCAUAACCGAGGGGCACCAGGAUCAGCAAGGUGUAACGUUUAUGCUGGACGCAUUCUUCACAGCUGUGAUAAGCUUCUCGGGAUACGGCGAACUGCAUGGCGGGCAAGUGUUGGCAAAGGAAAUCCACCUUCGGUUGGAGCUUUUCCCACUCGCUUUGUGCACACUUUUUCAGCAAAACUUGUGGCGAGAAAUUGAAAUCAAGAUAUACGAAUUCCUUUAUCAUCUGUAUGAGAAUGCAUCAAUGCCGGAUGACUACAUGGAAUGUCUCAGAAACGCGCUAAUAUGUUGCAAGAAACAGCCCUAUUUCCAGCAGGCAAAAGUUUGGCCUAAAUUCGUUUCUAUGCGUAAAGUUAAUACAAUGUACAACGCCUGUUAAAUGAAGGGAAAAUCAUAUAAUUUACUGUAAAUAUGAAUAAAUUUCUUUUACCUACAUU